GAGUCAACCUUCGAUAGUUGGCGAGGGUCUAAAAAGGCCACCAAGAAAAGAACCUCAAGCCAUUCCGUAGACUCAUUUUUCAUGCUUUGCUGCAAUCUUCUCGUCUCUCUUUUCCAACACCAAAACCAACCCACAUAUAUCAUCCAUGUCCUCUUUCACUGUUAAGCUUUAAAUUAGCUCAAAGUGAUCUUUUUUCUCUAGCUCUUACUUCCCAUUUUUAAGCAGGAAAAAAAAAAGAUUUGUUGAUACAAAGAUCUGAGCUUUGUCUUUGUUUGAUUUGAGUUUGGCUUUUGCAAUUGCUGUAGUGAGUUACUGAAGCGUUUGUUUUCAUGGGACUUUGCUGUAGCAAUCGAAUCAAGGCUUAUACUCCUUCUAAUACAGGUUUGGUUGGUGGGUGUGUGUGUCCCUAUGUUUUCACAGACUGAAUUCAAAAAUACCAGCAGGGAUGCUAAAAAUUUGAGUGGCUUGAGUAGAAAGUUCUCAUCAGCUUCUAAUUCUAUACCCCAAACUCCUCGAAGUGAAGGUGAGAUCUUGCAGGCAGUAAAUUUAGAGAACAUCAGCUUCAGUGAGUUGAAGACUGCCACUCGAAACUUUCAGACAGAUAGCGUACUAGGAGAAGGAGGCUUUGGAUCAGUUUUCAAAGGGUGGAUUGAUGAGCAUUCACUUACUGCUGCAAAACCUGGUUCUGGCAUGGUGAUUGCUGUGAAGAGGCUUAACCAAGAAGGGUAGGGUCACAGGGAAUGGCUGGCGGAGAUCAACUAUCUUGGGCAAUUGCAACAUCCUAAUCUUGUUAAGUUGAUUGGUUAUUGCUUUGAGGAUGAUCAUCGACUUUUGGUUUAUGAGUUCAUGCCCCGUGGCAGUGUGGAGAAUCAUCUAUUUAGGAGAGGAUCUCACUUCCAGCCACUUUCUUGGAAGAUUCGCAUGAAAGUGGCUCUUGGUGCUGCAAGAGGGCUUGCAUUUCUUCAUAGUGCUGAAACAAAAGUCAUAUAUCGAGAUUUCAAGACUUCUAAUAUACUUCUUGAUUCAAACCACAAUGCAAAGCUUUCUGAUUUUGGUUUAGCCAGGGAUGGACCAACUGGGGAUAAGAGUCAUGUCUCUACUAGAGUCAUGGGAACUCAUGGAUAUGCUGCACCAGAGUAUUUAGCCACAGGCCAUUUGACUACAAAGAGCGAUGUAUACAGCUUUGGAGUUGUACUUCUAGAAAUGUUAUCUGGCCGACGAGCUAUAGACAAGAAUCGGCCAACAGGGCAGCAUAAUCUGGUGGAGUGGGCAAAACCUUACUUGACAAACAAACGCAAAAUUCUCCAUGUGUUGGAUACGCGUCUGGAUGGCCAAUACUCCCUCAGUCGAGCCCAAAAGUUGGCUAACCUUGCACUUAAAUGCUUAGAUGUAGAACCAAAGUUCAGACCAAACAUGGAUGAGGUGGUAAAGGAAUUAGAGCAGCUUCAAGAAUCAAAUAAAAAAGAGAACAAUGUAACUCCUGGGGACAACAAUGGUGGACGGAUUGCACAUCCACGACCUUCUGCAUCACCGCUUCAUGCAUAGGCGUGAGUAAGAUUUUUUGUUGUUAAUAUAAAGGAAUCCUUAGAUGGGAAACAUUUUGAGUUCAGGCAUGUGCUAGAAGCAUGUGCCUAUUUGAGCAGUGUACAGUUUCUGGUUAUGUACUUUGCGUGCGUGUUAGUAUUUAUGCCUCCAUUUUUGGAUUUUUCCUGUUCGCCAUCAGAAUGAUGGAGCACAGAUAGUUAUCUGGAUUACUGCAAUAUUUUGUACUUGAAAACAGCUACAGAAGAGCAAAGUUUUUAUGUGAGUAUAAUUAAGUUUAUUUUGAGCA